AUGAAGUUUAAAGGUAAUUGGGAUUUAAAGGAGUUCUUGGUACAUAUUUUCACACCUAGAACUAUAUACUCAUUCUAUUUACAAAAGAUGGUGUGUUGUGAGGGUAUUGUUACUAGUGUAUCACAUGUUAGAUUUGAGCUAAUUCAAAUGUUUACUAUGAUGAAAUUAAAUAUCAGUUUUUGGAAAAAGAAUAUAGAAAUAGUACAAUGA